GACCCUGACGGGCAUCGCCCGGAGUCCGCAGAGUUUGGGGAGUGGUGAGCUGAGUGCUAUUGUUACUGUACCGUGCAGUGGCGGAGGGCUUGGAAACUCGAAACAGUUCUGAUAGAGAGGGAAUAAUGAUGCUGCAGCUACUACUGCUGGCCCUCCUAAGUGGAGGGGUCUCCGCAAGCUCUCACUCUCUCCGUUAUUUCUACACGAGGGUGACCCCAGGGUCGGGGGUCCCAGAGUUCAUGAGAUCUGGGUAUGUGGACGAAGAGCAGACAAAUUACUAUGACAGUGUCGUAGGCCGAGACAAGCCCCGUCAGCAGUGGAUGGCGGACAGUCAGGGACCCGACUACUGGGAACGGUUGACAAAGAUCUUACGAGGAUGGGAGCAGUUAUUCAAGGACAGCAUCCAGAUCCUCAUGGAACGGACCAACCAGACAGUGGGGAUCCACAUUUGGCAGAUUAUGUACGGCUGUGAGCUCCAUGACGACGGGACCACCACCGGGUUCGUUCAGUACGGCUGGGAUGGGUCGGACUACAUCAGGUUUGACAAGGACCAGAGUGUGUGGGUGACCCCUGUGACCUGGGGUAUUAUCACCAAGAACAAGUGGGACCGGAACACGGCCGGGAACCAGGAUUGGAAGGGAUACCUGGAGCAGGAGUGCAUCAAAUGGGUGAAGACAUACGUCAAGGCCGGGGAGAGUCACCUGAAACCCAAUCCCCCCGAAGUCUCGUUCACCGCCUCCAAGGAUGGCGGCCUCCUCUCCUGUGUGGCCACUGGCUUCUACCCUCAGUCCAUCAACGUGACUAUUCUGCGGAAUGGCCGGAUCAUGGAGGAGACCCAUUCCCACGGGAUCCUGCCCAAUCACGACAACACCUACCAGCUGACCAGGACGUUGUGGGUGGAGCCGACGGACACUGCAGAGUUCUCCUGUCGGGUGGAACACCGGCGUCUCCGAGAGCCCCUCGUCCUGUUCCUGGGUUCAAAGUCCAACUCCAUCCCAAUCUGGAUCAUCGCUGUCGUUGUGGUCCUGGUGAUCCUGGUGGUCGUCAUCACUGUUGGUGUUGCCUACAAAAAGAGAGCCGCGUGUUUCUCAGCAGGGAACAAAGACUACAAUCCCACCAAAACUUCUGACAAAGGAGAAUCCUCCUCCAACUCCUCCGCCACGGCCUGAGGCAGGAACCGUGUUGGAUACCGGUCAAUGCUGGGCUUCCCAGCUCUUGUCACUGGAGCUGGAGCUGGUCAUUACAGCACAGUCUGGGCACUGAGAAACCACGGUCCGGAACCGGAACUGUGGGAGGGGGUGUAACCAGUCCCCACAGCACCUCAACUUGGGAAUGGCCUCCUGCUCCAUUCCAUUCCAGGGAUCCAGUGCCCAGUUUUCAUGGUUUGUCAUUGGAAUUGCUGCUUUUCCAG